GCCUGGGGACCAGAGAGACUCGCAGAAGCACUUUGUGCUACCACGAAAACAAAGGAAGCGAGAAGGAGAGGGAGAGAGACGCUCUGAGCAGUUCCGUGUAGAUCUCCGGGAAGCAAAGCUCACCUCCUUGGCCGGGAAAGAGACGGGAGCCUGAAAGGGUCUGAGAGGCUUUAGGCGCUUUUUCCUGCGGAGACUUGGGACGCGGCAGAACUCUGGACAGCGCCUCGCGAGCCGGGCUCGGAGCUUACGCGGCUGUCCGAGGUUCCAGGCUCGUGGAAAGCUCUGCUACUGAUGUGUUCUCUCCUCCCCUCAACUCCGACCACCGAACCCAGGAAAUCCUUCUGUGAUUCCUGUUGGAGCGUAUCGGGGGUGGAGCAGCUCUUUUGCCUCUGGCCAGACCAGGGAAGAGGCUCUUCAGUUCUGGAAAUCCAGUCGGUGUGGAUAAUGCUUCACUGGUGAAGAAAGAAAAGUUUUGGGGUCUGAUAGGGGGUAAAAGGGGUAAGGAGGAUAGUAGAAGAAAGAAGGUGGAUGGUUGGUUUCCCCAUCUGAUCUGGAAGGAAUGAUGACCGAGAAAAGAUGUGCACCAGCGGCCAGAUUAUUGGGAGCCUCUUGGUGCUCUCUGUGCUGGAGAUAGGGCUGGGGGUGUCCAGCGUGGCCGUGGGGGCGGUCAGCUUCAGCCUGGCCCUCAGAGAGCACAAGCCGCAGCUCGGAGACUCGUCCCCGGUAUGGAGCGGGGUGUGUUUCCUUCUUUGUGGCAUUUGUGGAAUAUUGUGCGCCAAAAAAAAAUCUGGACUUGUCAUGAUCCUCUUUUCAGCCUGCUGUAUCUGUGGACUCAUUGGUGGCAUCCUGAACUUUCAGUUCCUUCGGGCUGUCACAAAGAAGACCUCUUCCCUCUAUCCUCUGCAUCUUGCCUCCAUGUCUCUCGCAUGCAUCGGGAUUGGGGGCUGCACCCUCUCUUCGUGGCUCACUUGUCGACUAGCCAGCUAUGAGCAGAGGAGGAUGUUCUCAGAAAGGGAGCAUUCGCUGCACCACUCUCAUGAAAUGGCUGAGAAAGAAAUGACAGACAACAUGAGCAAUGGAGGACCACAACUGAUAUUUAAUGGAAGAAUAUAAUCAAUGUUUUAAAGAAGUGAACAUAUAUUUUAGGAUUUUUAUGAGGCAAGGAGAUACCAAAAGACCAAGAGAUAAAAUUAAAAUGCUGCUUGCAUUUGCUGUUUCCUGAACAACUGUUUAAAUUACUCUUCCUCAAUUUUUCCUCACUUAUUUCUUCAACUCUUUUUACUGGAUGAAAAACUUUACAGAAAUGUUCUAGAACAGCAAUUUCAAUUGACUUUCUAGACUGUCCUAAAGAAGAUUUUUUUCUGAAUAAAAGAAGAAUAAGUUAAACAAGUAAGAGUCAUAUUCUACACAAACAACUAUUUGACUAGCAUGAAAAGUAAGUUUGUAAUGACAUAUUUUACCAGUAAUUGAAAAGUGCAAAUAUUAAAAAAUACCAAUUACUUAUCUAUGUCUUUGUUUUGAAAGACGGGUGGCUUCAGGAAUGCCAUAAUUCAAAACCUCAGCAAUGCCUUGUUGUAAAAACAUUGUAAUUAUUUUCAAUUUGUGAAUGAACUAUAUUUCAUAAUUUAUUUGUAAACAACAAAAACCUAAAGCAUAAAAAAGAGAUUUUUUUAGAGAGAGAAUACUAAUCUGUAUGAUAUUUUUGCAUUUUUGCACAAGACUGAAAAGUUGUCAAUGAAUACCAUUGAAGGAAAAUAAAUGUGUUUUGAUCAUACUGUGCAGAUUGAUCUGCAUGUUCAUGAAUGAGCUUAAGAAUAAAGUAUGUGUGUAUGUAUGUGUGUGUAUACAUACUGUAAAUAUAGAAAAUACAUGCAGCCUAUAUUUAUAGCAUACAUGAACGCAAAUAGGUAGUAGAAAAGAAAUUGUGAUGCUGUGGGGUUAUUACCAACAUUCUAUUUUCACAGAAUGGGAAGGCAAUUUUUCAAGGCUUUCCUAUGCCCACAAAAUCACAUAUUUAAUUUCUCCUAAAUUUGCCCAUUCUUCUUUUUAAUAUGUCUGUUAUGUGUAAGUAUCAUUGUGGUUGGUAUUUAUCAAGUUGAAGUA